AUGGCCCGGCCGAGCGUCCCGCCGACCCCGGGAAAGUUCCGGGACCGCGCGGCUCCCCAGCCUCGCCUAUUGUCGGGGUCUGCGGGGCGCAGGCCGCCCCCUAGCGGUGGAGCCGCGCGCAGCUGCCGCACAAAGGAGAACCCCGCCAGCACCCGGUCCCUUAGGGCGGUCACCCCGGUUGCCAAACCCGACAAUACUCUGGCGCUGCCAAGCGCUUGUGGUGGUGGUGGUGGGGAGGGAACUCCGAGGCGCGAGGUCACCGGUUCGAAAGGUGCAAUACCGAAAGGGUCCCAGAACCAGCCCUGUAAAGACCCGCAGAAACAAGAAGAGAAUGGCUUCCUGAGAAAGACAAACAGUGGAGUGGGCCACCUCGCUUCUCCCAGGCAUUUCCUGCUGGCAGUAGCGGUGCAGCCGCAGGCAUUGUCCUGCGAAGAAGGAAGGGCUGAGCCUGGGCCUCCCGCAGCAGCUUUCCUUUCGGUGAGGGCGCAGGGCCGAGGCAAGGGGUUUCCUGACCACCUCAUACAAAAGGGCAGCCUGAAGAGGAAGGGCUGUGGUUGCGAGCAGCCUUCUGUGAUCAGGCAGGGUCAAAACACCCCCUCCACACCCACAGCCAACCCAAAGCAUUUACGAGUGGCCCGAGCUCCUUGCCGCUACACCCCGGACUGGAAGAGCCUGGACUCUCGGCCACUGCCGACAUGGUUUGACGAGGCCCAGUUCGGGGUCUUUGUGCACUGGGGCGUCUUCUCGGUGCCGGCAUGGGGCAGCGAGUGGUACUGGCAAGGCGGGCAGCUGCCGGCCUAUGAGCUCUUCAUGAAAGAAAACUACCCGCCCGGCUUCAGCUACGCCGACUUCGGACCGCAGCUCACGGCGCGUUUCUUCCAGUCCGACCAGUGGGCCGAACUCUUCCAGGCUGCCGGGGCCAAGUAUGUGGUUCUGACCACAAAGCAUCACGAAGGCUUCACAAACUGGCCAAGUCCCGUGUCCUGGAACUGGAACUCUAAGGAAGUGGGGCCCCAUCGCGAUUUGGUGGGCGAGUUGGGAGCUGCUGUUCGGAAGAGGAACAUACGCUACGGCCUGUACCACUCGCUCUUGGAGUGGUUCCAUCCACUCUAUCUACUCGACAAGAAAAAUGGUUUCAGGACUCAGUGUUUUGUCAGCGCGAAAACAAUGCCGGAGCUGUAUGACCUUGUUAACAGCUACAGGCCCGACCUGAUCUGGUCUGAUGGGAACUCCACAGCUUUCCUUGCUUGGCUCUAUAAUGAUAGCCCUGUCAAGGACCAGGUGGUAGUGAGUGACCGGUGGGGUCAGAACUGCUCCCGCCAUCAUGGAGGCUACUACCACUGUCAGGAUAAACACAGGCCGCAGAGCUUGCCGGACCACAAGUGGGAGAUGUGCACCAGCAUCAACAGGGUGUCCUGGGGCUAUCGCCGUGACAUGACCAUGUCCACCAUUGCCAGUGAGAAGGAAAUCAUUGAGGAAUUGGUUCAGACAGUCAGUUUGGGAGGCAACUAUCUUCUCAACGUUGGACCACCUAAAGAUGGACUGGUGGUUCCCAUCUUCCAAGAAAGGCUUCUCGCUGUGGGCAAGUGGCUGCAGAUCAAUGGGGAGGCCAUCUAUGCCUCCCAGCCCUGGAGAGUGCAGUCUGAAGAGAACACAACAGUUGUGUGGUACACCACCAAAGACUCGGCUGUUUAUGCCACCUUUCUGUACUGGCCAGAAAAUGGAAUCAUAAACCUCAAAUCUCCCAAAACGACCUCAGCCACAAAGAUAACAAUGCUAGGGAUGGAAGAAUAUUUGACCUGGACCCAGGAUCCCCAGGAGGGGGUCCUCAUCACUCUGCCCCCAUUGCCACCUACGGCUCUCCCGGUGGAGUUCGCCUGGACUCUAAAGCUGACGAGCGUGAAGCGAUGGUCGGAGUUCAAGGGCAGAAGGCCCUAUGCGGGGCUGCUUGCCUUUCUCUUACCAGCAGUGCAAUAA